AUAUAUUAUAAUAUGUAAUCGUCAGAAACAAUGGCUCCCUUCUUCUCAUUUUACCCUUUCUUGAGGGUUGACCCUUCAAUCUCCUUCUCUAUCUAGUUUCUGCAAAAGAGGGAUUACCAUCUUCCUAAAUCAAUUCAUCUACUCUGCCCUUGAAUUUCAGGCAAAGCAUUUGUUUCUUGGAAGUAGAAUUGACAAGUAUGAGUAAUUCUUCACCUCCUGAAAUAGAGCAGGCUAAGAUUAAUGAGGUGAGAUGCCUAAUCGGGCCACAGUCGGGUAACCUUGCCGUUUACUGCUCUGAUGCAUCUAUUUCGAGAUACCUGAGAGCAAGAAACUGGAAUGUCAAGAAAGCUGUUAGAAUGCUUAAAGCAACUCUAAAAUGGAGGCAAGACUACAAGCCGGAAGAGAUUUGUUGGGAUGAUGUAGCAGGGGAAGCAGAAACCGGAAAGAUCUAUAAAUCGAACUACAAAGAUAGGAACGGAAGGCCAGUCCUCGUCAUGAGACCUAGCUGCCAGAACUCAAAAUCGAUAAAAGGGCAGAUCAAAUAUUUGGUUUACUGCAUGGAGAGUGCAAUUUUAGAUCUUCCACCAGAGCAAGAGCAGAUGAUUUGGCUGAUUGAUUUCCAGGGCUUCAAUCUUUCACAUAUAUCGAUCAAAGUCACACGAGAAACAGCUCAUGUCCUGCAAGAGCACUACCCCGAGAGACUGGGUGUUGCAAUACUAUACGACGCACCCAAAAUAUUUCAACCGUUUUGGAUGGUUGCGAAGCCCUUUCUAGAGCCUAAAACGGCAAACAAAGUCAAAUUCGUCUGUACAGACGACCACAACACAAACAAGAUCAUGAGUGAGCUGUUCGACAUGGAAAUGGUAGAGUCUGCAUUCGGUGGGAAAGAUGACUCAGAUUUCAGCAUCACAAGGUAUGCUGAGAGAAUGAGAGAAGAUGAUAAAAGAAGCCUCGCAUAUUGGAAAACCCCGUCCCCUACAACGGUAAACUCAGAAAAUUUGAACUCAGAGACAGAAUUAGAGAAAUCUGAUGUGCAAGAAGAUAAGAAGAUCUGUAGUAGCUAGACACAUUUACCAACUUAGCCUUCACAUCUAUCUUUGCUGUACUCAAAAAGUAAAAAUAAAACACAGCAUCUUUCAUCUCUGCCAAAUUAUAUGAGCCAAGUGACAUUGUUUAAAUCA